CCCCUUAACGCCCUCUGGUAACGUAUGGGUAAAUGCCACGUCAGGCACAUUGAUAGUGCUUAAAGUUUGGCGUUUUUUUAUUUACAAAAAUAAAAUAAAUUUGCAAGGACCGGAUCGCGUAAACCAUGAACAGGGGGCAUUGUCGGGGGUUGCUGGUGCUGACAUUGUUCAUCGCUUUCGCUGUCUGCACGGAAUUUACUUUUGAAUUACCUGAUAACGAGAAGCAGUGUUUUUACGAAGAUCUCGAGAGCGGAGUGAAAUUUGACAUAGACUUUCAAGUGAUUGCUGGGGGGAACUAUGAUGUUGAUUGUUUUGUGACCGAUCCCAUGAACAAUGUCCUAUACCAGGAAAGAAAGAAACAGUACGAUAGUUUCUCACACACCACCACUUCAAAAGGUGUCUACAAAGUGUGCUUCAGCAAUGAGUUCUCCACCUUCUCCCAUAAAAUAGUUUACCUGGACUUCCGGGCAGGAGAAGAACGUCCUUUAUUGCCUGACAUGAACAGGGCAACAGCUCUUACUCAGAUGGAAUCUGCAUGUCUGUCUAUCCAUGAGAUCUUGAAAGUGGUCACAGACUCCCAAACAUGGUACCGUCUCCGUGAAGCUCAGGACCGGAUAAGGGCUGAGGAUCUUCAUGAACGCGUAUCCUAUUGGUCCAUCGGGGAGACAGUUUUUUUGUUUGCGGUCAGCAUUGGUCAGGUGUUGAUGCUCAGAAGCUUCUUCACUGAGAAACGGAUCAAUGUGAACACCAGCACAUAAAUAUAAUAUCACCACAGAUAAACAUUCAACAACCAGAUGUUAAUUCAUAUUUGUGUAAACAUUAAGCCAAAUAUUGCAAGAUUAAAGAUUUUUUUCCUAAA